CCUUCUCCCAUCUGUUCCUUCCUUCCCCUUGUUCCUCCUGCCCUCCUGCAGCUGGAGGGGGUGGUCUGGGGGGCACCUGAGCCUCCCUCCCUUCUGGGGGUGCCCACUGUCCCCCUUGCCCUUGCCCCAUGCCCCUCUGCCGGCUCCUGGGGCUCCCUGGCAUAACUAGCUCCGAGCUUCCAGGGCCAAGAGCCCUAGAGCCUUCCUCCCGAGGAGCCUCUUGUCUCCCCAGCCCUUGGGGGCUUUGAGGGGAGUCUGGGCUCCUUGUUUUGGACCCAGAGGAGGAAGAGAAGGAGGAGGAGGAAGGCGCUGCGUCGGAGGAAGGCAGGGAGGGAGGGAAGCGAGUGGCUUGGCAGCGGAUGCGAAUAGAAAACGAAAUGCAAGCCUAGCUAGCUGGCGGCUCAGUCCGGAUCUGGGAAGGCGCCCAGGCGGCAGGGAAAAGUCUGAAGACCCUUAUGUCCAAAGGAAUCUUACAGGUACAUCCUCCAAUCUGUGAUUGCCCUGGGUGUCGAAUUUCGUCUCCAGUGAAUCGGGGUCGCUUGGCUGAGAAGAGGACCAUCCCUUUGCCUCCCACCAGAACACCGAAGAAGGAGCUGCCCUCCAUUUUCUCACACAGUGACGACAGCCAGGAGAGUGAGAAGCUCAACGGCCACCACACUGAUGUCAAACAAGAGGAGGAUUUGCAUAUUAGUAUCAUGAAAAGAAGGAUCCAUGCACAUUGGGAUCUGAACAUCUCUUUCCACGAGACCUCUUACAGCCGGGACAACGACCUCACCUCCUUCAUCUCCAACCUCCACCAGAGUCGCCAACUCGUAAUGCCAGAGACCCAGAGCCGCUGCGAGUUCAAGAGAAGCAGCUUGGAGGUCGGCUUGGGAGCAGCGGAUGAAGUUUUAGGCAAGAGAAGAGCGUGUUCGCCCAACAGCAACAGCGAGUGUCCCCUCGAAAGCAAGAAAUCCCGAAGCGAGUCCCCAAAAGAAAACUCCCACACGCCUCUGCUGGAGGGCACCGUCACUCAGAUGACCCCAGAGGAGCAUUACAGGCGGAUGAUGUCGGCUCUCAAUGAACACGGCACUUUCGAGGAGCAGCAGCAGCAACAGCAGCAGCGGCUUUACCAGUUGGCCAACAGCAUGGCAGUGCCCAGCCAUAGCGACCUCCUCCGGGCACGGCAAGAGGUGGCAGCUGCAGCCGCCGCACGCAACCCUGGCACCAUGGAGGCUCACCUCCCAUCGGCCACCAACUCAUCCAGUCAGCGCCGGAAACAGGGGCUCCCUCAGCACCGGGAUUCUCACUUCACUGAGAGGGAGAUGUCCCAUCCGCCUCCGCUUCUGUCACCUCAGAAUGCUCCUCACAUUGCAUUAGGUCCUCACUUGAGACCCCCCUUCUUAGGGGUACCUUCAGCUUUGUGCCAGACGCCAGGUUAUGGAUUUCUACAGCCGGCCCAAGCAGAGAUGUUUGCUCGGCAGCAAGAGAUGCUGAGAAAACAGAACCUUGCCAGGCUUGAAAUGUCAGCAGAGAUCAUUCGGCAGAAGGAACUGGAAAACCUCCAUCGGCAGCGACUACUGGCCGGAGACCCAAUGAGCUUGCACCCAGGCCUGCCACCAGACCACCCAGCUUUGCGCAAUGUCCACGAUAUCCCUGAUGGACACCUGCUUAGGGACGAGCUCUCCCGAAGGAACGCUAUGUUGGUGCUCCGGCACAACAACACUCCACUGUUGUCGCUCAACCACCAUGGAGUGCCCAACGCCUCCACCACUCCUCCCAAAGAGCAGGGGAGCAGGAGAGGGAGCCGGAAGUCUGCACACCACCGGACCGAAGCCCCAGGCCAGAGCGAAUCCAAAGAACUGUCCGACAGCCGCCCCCCUGACGGCAAUGAUGAAGAGAUGAAGGACUCAGAAAGUGAUGCUGACGCAAACGAGGAAAAGCUGGAUGGCCUGAAGGCUGAGAGCAGUAGCUCAGCCGGUGAACUCAAAGAGUGUAAAGAGAUGGCUAAAACCUGCGAUGGCACCAAAGAACUGAGUGAAUUAUCUGCCGGCCAAAAUGCCCACUGUAGCUCUUCCAGUGCCGAGUCACCCAGCCAUCUCCUGGCCCCAGCCAUCAACAAAACAGAGGCAAAAUACCUCCCUCCAGCUUCACUUCCACCACCUCAACCGCUGCCAUUUGGAUUUCCGUACACCAUGAGCCCCUAUUUCCACGCAGGCACGAUGGGAGGUCUCUUUUUGGACGGCGAGGAGAGCCCAGCCCUGGAGGAUGUCAGCAAGUGGACGGUGGAAGACGUCUGCAGCUUUGUGGGUGGCUUGUCUGGCUGUGCCGAAUACACUCAGGUCUUCCGGGAGCAGGCCAUCGAUGGUGAAACACUGCCCCUUUUGACCGAAGAGCACUUACUGAAUAACAUGGGGCUAAAACUGGGACCAGCAUUGAAGAUACGGUCACAGGUAGCCAAGAGAGUUGGCCGUGUCUUGUAUAUGGCCAGCUUCCCCAUGGCCUUUCCGCUACAGCCGCCCGGCCUGCGACCCACAGAUCGGGACCUGCCUCCGGCCGAACUUCGCCCGUCCUCAACCGGAAGCAUGGCUUCCUCGCCCUACAACAGCACUCUCCUCCCCAGCAGUCGCAUCUCGCCAAAGCAGGAAAACGGAAACCCUUUAUUGGCCGGUCUCAACGACGCCGCAAAGCCGCCAUCUUAACUGCCCCGCUGCCUCUGCCCAAGCCUGGCUCCUCCUGCUUCGCCCCUCGAGUCUCUGGAGCUGAAACCUCCAUGUUUCUCCAAACUUCGAGAGCCCAGGUGGUCAUUUGAUAAUAAUGCAUUCAGCUUUGGGAUUUUAAGGUGGUGGUUAGGAUGACAGGAGGCAGGGGCAUCGAAUCCAAAGAUUUCUUGGAAGCAAUUUGAAGGGAGGUACAAUUUUGGGGAGAGGAGGGAAGGAACGUUUGCUUUCUUUCUUUCACCUUCAUGGAAUGCAACUUGGAAGAAGGUCCAAGGAGACACUCGAACCCUCUUGUCGCCUUGUCCCUCCCUGGUCCCUCCAACUUGUGAGGAAACCUCUGAUCUCCCCUCCAUUUUAUUUUUUUAACUUGUAAAGAGUUCCUCCUUCAGGGUGUCUAUGCAUCGCUCACAACUUUUGAAACAAUACCAAAGACAGACAUGAACUGACCCAGCGCCCGAGUUCCGGUCCAUGUUUACUUCCGUUUGGAUGGUACGACGCAGCUAGGCUCUGCGGGGUACGCCGUUUUGGCUUUCUUGGCCUUUCUUUGUUUUCUUUAAAUUGCAUUUUUCAGGGUUUUGCUGCUCCAACGCUGCAGAUGGACUGUGAAAUCUCCCUGCGCAGACUUGUGAAAGAAACCUAAUAAUAAUAAUGAUUAAUGAUAAUAAUAUAGCGGUAGGGAACAAAGGGGAGAGCAGGAGUGCGGAGGCCGAAAGUCUCCUCUCCUCAAACAGUGUGUGUACAGAAAUUGUGUGUUCCGUUUUUAUUUUGUACGUGGGGAAUGUGUGUGUGUGUGUGUGUGUGUGUGCGGAUAUUUUGGAGAGAGGGGUCAAAAGGGAGCUUUGUUGCAGAGGAUAUGGAGUUGCACAUUUUACCUGGCCCUCUUAAGACCAGGUAAGAGGUACCUGAGUUGUGCCCAGUGGGGCUCUGCUCAUGCCAGCUGCCAGCCAUCCUUGCCCCCCGCCUCACAAUUUGUACAGUAGUGGAAAACAAUCAUGUGAUUGACACCUGUCCGUAUUUUCUCUCUUUUCUGUUUCAAAACGCCUCCUUGCACGUUCUACCUUUUCCCCCCCUUUCGUCCUUUUUGUUUCCUUUGCGUUUUCGAAAAGGGAAAAGGAACCAGAGAAAGACAGCUUUGGUGGGUACCGUAGCUUCUUUUAUUAUAUAUUGUAAAUGGUAAUUAUCCGUCACCUCAAAGGCCAAUGCUUUCCUGCAAAACGAUUUAAAUAAUAAUAAAAAGAAAUCACUUAAUUUAUAAAAUGGUUGCUCCGCAGGUUGACUGUGUGUUUCGAAGCUUUUAAGGGAAGGCGAGGGCCUUACUUGCAAUAUUUGAAGAAUACGGCACAGAAGUGAUGAGUGGGUUUCAAAAGGAUGUAGAUGAGAAUCCAGUGCUCUCCAAUGUGUCCAUUUCCAUCCAUCAGGAAGCCCAAAAAUGCUUAAUAACCCAUCAUAUGCAUUUUCUAUGUCCAAGUCUCUUCCAGGAAAACUAUUUGGAAGGCUUACUUAACCAUAGCAUUUAUAAAAUGCACACUACUAUCUAGGGCCAACUGUUUCAGGCAGGACCAGUUGGCUAUGGUUAAGUACCGAAUCCUGGUCUGUUUUGCCAUUCGCACAAUGGAAGAAGGUUGGCUGUUUUAAGUCAGCUGCUCCUAUGGUUUUAAAAAGGCAAGGUAUGCAAAGGCCUUACCAUCACAAGCCAACAGUCACUGCCACCUUGGAGAGAUCUAUCUCAGGUCCUAUGUUCAUGAAUUACAAAGAGGUUUGUGUGCUGCUGCAAAAACCACCUCAGUAUGUGGGCAAGUAUGAAAACGGAUGGCUAUGGGAGUCGGACAUGACCAAGGGUGGUAAAGCAAGGCAUUUGGACUGGAUGGCCCUUGUGGUCUCUUCCAACUCUGUGAUUCUAUGAUCUUUCUAUUCUGUCCUCAUAAAUUAUCGUGGGCACUAAUAAAUACAGAAGAGGGCAGAUUCCAAGGGAGAAGGGAGAGCACUUCAAAGUAAACCAGAAAACUAGAAGCGGCAAACCUUUGUGCAACACCUACUCAAGAAAAGAUGAGUAUGUACUGCAGUGGCCCCCAAACUACUGUAUACCCUUUAAGAGAUUUUGGACUUCAGCUUCCAGAGGCCUCAGCCAUGUUGGCCAAUA